GCACAAACUACCGCGCAUGCGAGUUUAUGGUUAAUGGGUUAACUUUUUUUUUUGUUUUAACUCAACGUCAACUAUUUACGUUACACAGGAACUAAUUGGAGUCGAAGCCAGUACAGGCUUUUAGUUUAGUAUUCAAUUUGGAGAGGAAGCUGAGUUCCCCCUUACUUGAAGAGCUAAAUCUCGAAGAAAAAAAGCCGUCUGCUUAUUGGAAAGAUCAACGACAGUUUAACUCCCCUACCGCCGGCCGGCCUUUUGCCGAAUUAAUUGAUCACGGAAUCGGUUCAUGAGCCGGUACUAUAGGUGGUAUAAAGCGCAGGCGCGGCGAGUUUAGCCGACUUUACCGGCAUGGCCAGGGACUACGAUUACCUCUUCAAACUGCUCAUUAUCGGCGACAGCGGUGUAGGGAAGAGCAGUCUUCUGUUGCGCUUUGCAGACAACACGUUUUCAGGUAGCUAUAUUACCACUAUUGGAGUUGACUUCAAGAUCCGAACAGUAGAGAUUAAUGGUGAGAAGGUGAAGCUACAAAUCUGGGACACAGCGGGCCAAGAGCGCUUCAGAACCAUCACCUCCACGUAUUACAGAGGAACCCAUGGGGUUAUAGUUGUGUAUGAUGUCACCAGUGCUGAAUCUUUUGUCAACGUUAAACGAUGGCUGCAUGAAAUUAAUCAGAAUUGUGAUGAUGUAUGUCGGAUAUUAGUGGGUAAUAAAAAUGACGACCCCAACUCUAAAGUUGUGGAGACAAAUGAUGCACAAACGUUUGCAGAGCAGAUGAGCAUCCGUCUGUUCGAGACCAGUGCAAAAGAAAACAUUAAUGUGGAGGAGAUGUUUAACUGCAUCACCGAGCUGGUGUUACGGGCAAAGAAGGAAUCUGUGGCAAAGCAGCAACAGUUGCAACAGAAUGAUGUUAUUAAACUCAGCAAGAACAGCAAGCGAAAGAAAAAGUGUUGCUAGUGGACCUCAGACCAGACACUCCCAGCAGAAUCCCUAUAGAGAAAAGGACCAUGAUCACCUAAAUUAAGAGCAGAGAUUGCUAAAUAAAGAUAAUUAAAUGAAAAGAAACAUGUCCCUUUUGGACAUAUACAAAUAAUGAAGACUUUUUAAAGAAAAUGUACAGAUUUUAUUAGAAUUAAGGGAUUUUUAAGUGGGAAAUCAAUAGAUGUGGUAUUUAAUAAAAGACCCUCCUUCUUUUUUGAAGGACUGACAAACUGACAUGCUCACCACAUUAUGCAGAUUUUUAUAUGCAUAUAGUUACUCUUAAUUUGUUAGUUUUUGUGUCUCUAUAUCAGGAUUGUUGUCAUAUUUUCUGUUUUAUGGAAUACAUUUAUUUUCUAGAAAGAGUGAUGAGAGAGCAGUUUAUGAAAUCUUAGAUGCCAACAACUUGUGUAUUUUAACUUAAACAAAUUUCUCCAAAUUGGAAGACCUUUUUGUGUGGCUAAUCUCAGAGGACGCACACAUCAUCUGCCAAUGAUUUCUGUGUUCAGUACUUACUCUGCAGUCUCAUGUAAAGAAUUUCUAUUUUGGGAAAAGGUGUCAUGGUGCAGUCUUACUGCAUUUACAAGUAUGUAAUUGUCCAAAUCCCAAUUGAAUAUAAAGGUGUUUUUAAGAAAAACAGGAGUUAAAAUGCCAUAUGACUAACCAUUUUUCACGAGGAAAAAGGACAGAGUAAAAGUAUUUUAAAUAUUUAAAAUUGAACGAAGUACAUAAUUACAGCUGAAUGCCUCUUGUCCACAAAACCUCAUAACUUUAAUCCACUAUAAUUAUAGCUAAACACCCAGAAUCAUCACUGUGGGAAAGGUAGAGUUUUGGGGGUUUUUUUUGUCAAGGAGACAUAGCAACACAUCUCUGACUUUUUAUCCAUUAUUCAUUUGUAUCUCUAAACAAUAUAACAAAAUUUGAAUUUGAAAAUUUAAUCAGAUAUGAUUUAUGAUUUUUAUAUUUGCACAUAGCCAUGCAAAUUCGCAGAUUUGUGCUGGAAAAGGAUGUGGUUCUGCUGUCCACUGGACUAAAGAAAAAAUACUGCAUCUCCUCCCUCUUAUGAAUUAAAAUGACUAAACAAUUUCAGUGUAUUAACAUUCAGCAUUGCCUUUUUUUGCCUGUAUUCUCAAAUAUGUGUUGCUGAAUGUUUUCCAUUUCCAAGUUACCGUUAUUUCCUUGUCUUCUGAGUAUCAGCAUUUGUUAUACUGUGUUUGCAGCAAUCAUAACACUGAUAUUCCUGCAUUUUAAUUUCUUUAUAUCUCAGUGCAUUCCACAUUCAUUUUAUGCUUUUCUUACCAUGAAAGGAUGUUGUGUAAAUCGUAUCUAGCAUAACUACAAUAACAUACUGUAAAUGUGGAUCAUGUGAAAGUGUAACAGUUCCAACAUCACCCUUAUCUUUGCUAUACACUAUACACAUUUGUAUUUGAGAAAAUGGAUCUGAAAUAUAUAAUUUUAAUUUCCUGAUAAUUACAUCUAUAUCAUAGACUAUGGUGCAUUUGUUGUCAAAUUACCACAUUUUUAGGUGAGCAAAACUACUGCUUCAUGCCUCCUGACAAUACAUCUAAAUGCAAAUAUCAGAAAAUGAAAAUUCUCCUACAUCAUCUCAUAUGCAAAUGUAUUCAUGGUGAAUCAAAUACAGGUAGCCUUCUCAUUCCAAGAACACAGCGGACAGUAUGUGUGUCAAAAUGAACACAGCUAUCAUACUAUGUUCUUCAUUACUUCAAAUUUAAUUUGUUUGUUUUUUUAAAUCUGUGCUUUCAAGCCCAGUUGAAUUUUGUGUACUUAAAUGUUGACUGGCAUGGUGUUCAAGUAAUUAUCACUGUCUUGAUAAUACUCCUGAUAAAACUGAAUGCCUUUAUGUUUUUUUUUUUAUGAGCAUUGUAUUUUCAGAUCUUAUAUUUGCUAUAGACUAUUUGUAAAAGGGCCCUAUGUCCAUGUAAUGUGUCUUGUAAGUGAUACAGUUGAGUCAUUUAAUUCUCGCGUGCCAAUUUUCUGUUUCAAGUGUUUAAAAAUUUUCUGAACAUUACACACGUACUAUCUGGAAGAAUUUUCACUUUCUGUUGUAAAAGAUUGUAGGCUACAGGUUUAUAAGACUUUCCAUGAUUGAACUAACAUGCAAACAUAAAAAAUGCAUACAGGG